AUGGGGAGCAGCGGCGCCGGGGUUGCUUUGCUGACGUUGUCGCUGCUCCUGCAGCCCACGUCCCAGUUCUGGCUCUUCAACGUCCUCUUUCCACCCACCACCACCCCAGAAGCUCCCCCGACAAACAGCACACCGCCUGUGGUGCUCGUGCCUGGCUGUCUUGGGAACCAGCUGGAAGCAAAGCUGGACAAGCCAGAUGUGGUGAACUGGAUGUGCUACCGCAAAACAGAGGAUUAUUUCACCAUCUGGCUCAACCUCAACACCUUCCUGCCAGUGGGAGUUGAUUGCUGGAUUGAUAACACCAGGGUGGUGUACAACCGAACCUCUCGGAAAAUGUCCAAUGCCCCAGGGGUUCACAUCCGCGUUCCUGGCUUUGGCAAGACCUAUUCUGUGGAAUACCUGGAUCAGAGCAAGCUGGCAGGCUACCUGCACACCAUGGUGCAGAACCUGGUGAACAAUGGCUACGUGAGGGACCAGACAGUUCGGGCAGCCCCCUAUGACUGGAGGGUUGGACCCCAGGAGCAGCCCGAAUACUUCCAGAACCUGAAGGCGCUGAUCGAGGAGAUGCACGAUGAGUACCAGAGACCAGUCUUCCUCAUUGCACACAGCAUGGGCAACCUGCACGUCCUCUACUUCCUGCUGCAGCAGACCCAAGCCUGGAAAGAUCACUACAUUGGGGGGUUCAUUUCCCUAGGUGCUCCCUGGGGAGGCUCCGUCAAGCCCCUGCGUAUCCUGGCAUCCGGUGACGAACAGGGCAUCCCACUCAUGUCCAACAUCAAGCUCCGUGAAGAGCAGCGCAUGACCACCACCAGCCCCUGGAUGUUCCCCACCACGCUGGCCUGGCCCGAGAGCCACGUUUUCAUCUCCACACCCUCCUACAACUACACCUACCGCGACUACCAGCGCUUCUUCACCGACGUCAACCUGGAGGAUGGCUGGUACAUGUGGGAGGACAUGAAGGACUUGUUGAAGGAUUUGCCCCCGCCUGGGGUGGACACGUAUUGCCUCUAUGGCACAGGUUUCCCCACCGCAGAGACUUACAUUUAUGAUGAGCGUUUUCCUUAUGAGGACCCUGUGGAUAUAAUUUAUGGUGACGGGGAUGACAGUGUCAACACACGCAGCUUGGAGCUGUGCAAGCGAUGGAGUGACCAGCAAAAGCAGAAGGUCUACGUCCAGGAGCUGCGAGGUGCCCACCACUUCAACAUGGUCUUCAGCAACCUGACACUCAGUUAUAUCAACGAAAUCUUGCUGGGGAGCAAAGAGGAGCAGGGGGAGCCAGGGCAAGCAAGAUCCAUCCCAGAGGCUGGGAAGUUGGGGAAGAUCUUACGUGAACACAAGGUCCUAAAGGAGCCUAAAAAGAACUGA